UUGCGUCUGGCUUUGCUCAAGUCUAUAAACGUACCGCAAAGUGUAUGCCAAGCAAUGGCUGGUUUUCCUUACCCAGCCUUCGAAUAUGUAGGAGGGCUGCCCCCGUCACAGGUUCCCGACGCGCAGUGUAAACCCGGAGGUGUUCCUGGGUCUAGUUCAGAAGAUCCGUUGCCAAUGUUCGAAAAAUUUCUUGCCGCAGGUCUUUCCGGACUUCACCCGGGCGUUCAAGUGAAAACCGAACAAUCCGCCAUGAGUGUAGUUUCGCGGUCUGUUUCACCGAGUAACGAAGAGAGAAACCACCGGUGUACACGACACUUCCGGUCGCAUCAAGGGCAUUAUCCUUUCUCGUGUCCUGUUUGCCAAAAGGGAUUUCGGGAUAAGAGUGGUUUGAAACGCCACUACGUUGUUCAUACCGGGGAGCACCCGUGCAAGUGCCAGUUUUGUGGGAAAGGUUUUGCCGAAAACGCGAAGCUCAACAGGCAUUUACAAACCCAUACAGGAGAGUACAAGUUCAAGUGCUUGAUUUGCGACAAGGGCUUCACUGAGCACGUUGAGGGAUUUUCCAGGCAUUCAUGCAACAUCUGUGGCAAGCAGUUCACGUGUCCCAAGAGCGUCCAGCGACACAUAUCCGACGUGCACAAGCCGAGAGUUAAACGGGAGAUGUCCAAGCAUCUCCGACCUUCCAAAAACUUGAAUCCCGUGUGCAUAAGGUGCGAAUUGGUGUUCAAAAACGAAAGCGAUUUCCGAGAUCACGCGAAAAUCCAUCGCGAUUUAAACGACCAAGUGCCACUGAAGAAGAAGCGAAGGAAGUGCGACGGACGUCAGGAACCGUCGGGAAGUUGUCCGAUCUGUGGGAAGGAGUUCACGCGUCGGAGCGUGCAGUUCGCUGUGGACACCUGCAUGACAAGCAUGGAAGUGACUGUCGGAACGUAUGAAGGCUUUGUCCUCGGAUACAAAGUAUCAAAACGGAAAUCAUCAUGGUCCUUAAAACACGUCAAGCGACACCUGUGGACCAUUCACCAAAUGACGGAAGAAGCCGCCGCGGCUUCUUCCGAAUCGCAAGCGAAAUCACCAACUACAACUACUGAGCUGAAGGGAUGCGAAUUUGGCAGCAAUUUAAGAUGUGUUCGACUUUCGCUGAAUUACCGCAUGGAAGUGACUGUCGGAACGUAUGAAGGCUUUGUCCUCGGAUACAAAGUAUCAAAACGGAAAUCAUCAUGGUCCUUAAAGAUAGUCUUCGCGGACAAAUGUCACAUGAACGCAGUGAAAACCGUGGCUUCUUCCGGUCCAAUAAUCGCUUCCGGAAGCAUUGACGAAACAAUCGCAGUCUUCAACAUCCUCAAGCGGAAAUGCGUCACAGUGCUUCAAGAACACUCUGCCACUGUAACAUCCAUUCGAUUCCACGGCAAAAAUGCGUUCACGUGUAGUGAAGACGGGCGAAUCGUCGUUUGGGACUCGAAGAAUUGGUUGCCGAAAGCAGAAUUACCAGGACACGUUGGGGCAGUGAAAGAUUUCGCUGUUCAUCCGUCGGGGAAACUCGGUCUGAGUGUUGGACAAGACAAGACGCUUCGGACCUGGAAUCUUCUCAAGGGCAGGAAUGCUUACGUGACGAACAUCAAAGCCGUUGCCCAUUUGGUGGUUUAUAGUCCUGAUGGAAGAUACUACGCGAUAGCUUUGCAUGAUACGGUUGAGGUCUUCUCGAUUGAAACUGCGGGAUCUGUGCAGACGCUGAGGUCCGAGGCCGAGAGACGGAUAUCUGAUCUCAAGUUCACUCCGGAUGGAAAAGAAAUCGUGUUUUCGUCGGAUUCUCCGACGAUCGAGUUUCAUGAUGCGAAUUUUGAUGAAAAUUCGCAGCGGUCGAGGAAACUUUCUGCUCAUGAGCCUCGUGUGAAAGCGUUUGCCUUUGGAGAUGUUCUUCUUUCCGAGCGCAUGGCCAGGAGAACAAGUGCAGUGUCCGUCUUGGCACUAAUCCUGACACUACAUUUGCACUUGCCGUUUGCUGAGAACAUCGUGAUUAGAGGUAGGACAUCAUUGGUUCCUCCGAGACAAAUCCGUACACUUGACCCACACGCCCCGUAUAAACUCCGGUUGUCUGACGGCUCCGUCGUGCCACAAUGUCACAAGCCGCCUUCAAUUGAAAACGCGUAUUUGGAUCUUGAAUUGUACCGGAAUCCGGGUCUUAGAAAUGUCGAACAUGAUAAGGAUUUCCUCUUUGGCAUGGCCAGGAGAACAAGUGCAGUGUCCGUCUUGGCACUAAUCCUGACACUACAUUUGCACUUGCCGUUUGCUGAGAACAUCGUAAUUAGAGGUAGGACAUCAUUAGUGCCUCCGAGACAAAUCCGUACACUUGACCCACACGCCCCGUAUAAACUCCGGUUGUCUGACGGCUCCGUCGUGCCACAAUGUCACAAGCCGCCUUCAAUUGAAAACGCGUAUUUGGAUCUUGAAUUGUACCGGAAUCCGGGUCUUGUGAGGGAUCACCUGACGCUGUUUUCUGUCGGAGAAGCUGCGAAUUAUCACUGUUUACCUGGUUACUUCGCUGGGAGGCCGUAUCAAUACACGAUCGCCGCCAAGUGUGUUCAGGCGCGUGAUGGAAUCCCUUAUUGGGAGGUUCGAGGGGCCUGUACGAAAUAUCCCAAGUGCAGCGUGCCACCGAUUAUCCAUGAUGCCGUUCUGAGCCUGAAAGAUUCAAGCAGAAGGGAAUUCGAUACAGGAGAACGUAUUGAGUUCGCGUGUGACGAUGGAUUUUCUAGUUCCCUGGGAGACAUGCUUCCAUUUACGACUUGUUCCUUGUCUGAAUUUGCUGCCGAUUGGGAUCCUGUUGUCGGGGACUGUUGGAGAGAUGGAGAAGUUGGGGACGUGCACAGAAAAUUGCAUGAAGCCAAUUUUUACGCGGAGGAUAAACGUGUGGCACGAAUCCGAGCAGAGAAGGAAGUACACGAUGUUGCUGGGUCUUCUAUGGCCGAUACCCGUUUGGUAAUCACUAGCUGGCCCACUGAUGAGGAAUUGGCCGAGGACCGUCGAAGACGUAUUGCGUAUAACGUUGCCCAUGUUCUUGACCGACAGGAGAAAGCCUUCGAUCCCUACCACAAUGCCCCGCCGUUCUUUGACGAGGCGACUAAUUACGAGGAUUCCAAGAAGAAAAUCACGAAGGAGUUGAAGGAAAAGUACAGACCGGGAAGAAUCGAGCCGACGAGAUACGAUAAAGAUGACACUAAAACGAUGGUGCACAUGCCGGAAUUCAUCGUCGGCGGUUCAGAAGAAACUACUGCGGCUGUCAAGGACGAAUUCGCCGUAGCACAAGACGCCGCACUGAAGCAGGAAAUCAACAGCGUCCAACGAGAAACUCCAGUUAAAGAUGAUAUUGUGCAGCCCGUGCAAAAAUCAGUGGCUGCCGGGUUGCUGAAGAAGAUCGAGGAAUCCUCGAUUGGACCCAAGUUCGUUCUGCAUCAGGAAGACAGUGUGACGAAACCCGUUGCGAAAAGCAGUGCCGCGAAGCAGUAUCAGGUUCAGCAAGACAGUAUUGUCCCUGCUGCUGUCCACAUGCAUUCCGAUGAGAAGGAUAUCCAGAGAGACUUGAGGUUAGACAAGCUGAUUCAUCACUUCGAGCAGGAUCACCCAGAGCUUUUGAAUCGAUUCAAAUACGAAGAAUUGCACAAUCAUGUGCAUCAAGUUGCUGUGCUCGAAGGAGAUUUGGCGUUGAUGGAAGCAGAUGACGAUGAAGAUGACGAUGCGUUGGAAGACUUCGAGAAUUAUCCAGAGGAUUAUGAGGCUAUGGUUGAAGAAUUGGAAUCGAACGACGCUGAAUAUUCCGAUCAGCCAAGAUGGCUGUCUCACAAAGAAGGCAAGAGAGAAUCAAAGCGUUUGGCGCACUUGAUCACUAUGCAGAAAUUCAAUCCUCACAGGGAACCUAAAUCUCCUCCAAUAGAUUUCAAGUUUCCCAGCACGGAAAAGAGUCUGAGAGGCUCAACUAGAAAGGAAUCCUUAUCAUCUGCUAUGCCUGUCCCAUGCGAUGGGCCAAACUGUGACUCGGAAUUUUGGUCUAUGGAAGUUCCACCGGCUGAAAGCGGUUUAGGAUCGGUGAAAAACCUGAGACGACCUGAAAGUUCCGAAGAAGUGCCGGAAAAGGUCAAAAACAUCCCCGAGGUCAACCAGCACCAUAAGAAGGGGAAGAGCAAAAUCUGCACUGGAGACGACUGUGAUCUGAGAGCCUCUUGGGGUCUCGGCAAGGCGCCUGCUCCUCCGGAGAAAGGUGAAAAGCCGGAAUUGGUGAAACUUUUGUGGCCUGGUAGACCCGACACUGGCCGAAGUCCAGACUACGACACUAGAAACGAUCCUGAUGAGGAAGAAAGCUUUGAUGAACGACCCGCUUGGGUCCAAUGGCUGUCCAAGCCCAAGAACCUCGUGAUUGCGUUUGUUAUGUUGGUUGCCUGCACUUAUACUCUGCUUUGGCUGCGUUGUUGCGUCAAAGGAAAGCCUUGUGAGGGUAAACUGGAAUCCGAUGAAGCAGCAAACUGGGACACCGUGAUGGAAUCUGGUACUGGCACAGCGACAGCAAACUCUGGGUCAAAAAGUCAGUAUCUUGAGCAGUUCGACCAGUUUGAGGACGCUACAGAGCUUGUUACGGAAUGAAGUCUCUUUGAUUCAUCUCAUCGAAAAAGUUAUUCAUUAAUCGUUACUCCAUUCCGUGUCAAUUUCGCGAUAUUUCAUUGGUUGUUGAAAACCACGUUGAAAAUUUUGAUCCUUCGAGAAGUUUAUCUCUUCAUUUUUUUCUAUGGCCGAAUUUUUCGUAGAAAUGUAGUACAGUGAGUCUGCACAUGACGAAA